AUGGCCCUGGGAAAGGAAGGCCUGGAAGCAGGUCACGGCAGGUGUGAAACAGUGGGAAAAGGCGAGCACACCGUGACAGAUGGGGUUGGUGUGGACGGUGUGCAGGAGGUCGUGCACUUCCCGGCCGCCGCGCACCCGCCCGGCGCCGCGCUGGAGUGCACCUACAUCGAGAUUGAGCAAGUGGAAAAGACCCACGCCGUGGUCCUGAGCCGCCCCGCCUGGCUCUGGGGGGCGGAGAUGGGGGCCAACGAACACGGCGUGUGCAUCGGGAACGAAGCCGUGUGGGGCAGGGAGGAGAUCUGCGACGACGAAGCUCUCCUCGGCAUGGACCUCGUCAGGCUUGGACUUGAGAGAGCGGACACAGCUGAAAAGGCUCUUACCAUCAUAGUUGAUUUGCUAGAAAAAUACGGACAAGGAGGAAACUGUAUGGAGAGCCACAUGGCAUUUACAUACCAUAACAGUUUUCUGAUAGCCGACAGAAAGGAAGCAUGGGUGCUGGAGACAUCAGGAAAAUACUGGGCAGCAGAAAAAGUAGAAGGAGGUGUACGAAAUAUUUCCAACCAGCUCUCUAUCACAACCAAGAUUGACAGAGAACACCCAGAAUUGAAGGAAUACGCCAAAAGCAAGGGCUGGUGGGAUGGGAAAAAGGAAUUUGAUUUCGCUGCCACAUAUUCUUAUGUAAAUACUGCCCGAAUGACCACAUCCAGAGGCCGAUAUUGUGAAGGCUAUAAACUUCUCAACAAACACAAAGGAUCUAUCACUUCUGAAAUAAUGAUGGAAAUUCUUCGUGACAAAGAGAGUGGCAUUAAUAUGGAAGGUGGAUUUAUGACAACUGGAAGCAUGGUGUCUGUACUGCCUCAGCAGCCUAAUCUGCCCUGUAUUCACUUCUUUACCGGAACUCCAGAUCCUGCGAGGUCUGUAUUCAAGCCUUUCAUUUUUGUGCCCGGUAUUACUCAGUUAUUAAAAACUUGCUCCCCUACAUUUGGUCAUAAUGAUCCAGUUAAGAAGCAACCACGUUUUCAGAAUAAGCCAGAUCGAAGACAUGAGCUCUAUAAAAAACAUGAAAGUGCUGCUGUAGUUAUGGAAACUACCGAGGGCAAAGGUAAAGAGAUGCUGAAGGAGAUACAGGAGUUGGAGAAACAGAAGAUAAGUGAAAUGGAAUCAAUCCUGCAAAACGGAUGUCUUGACAUGAAUGAAGUGGUUAACCUUUUUUCACAGUGUGUAGAAGAAGAACUCAAAAUAUAUAGCUAA